AUGGAACUCUUUUCUUCCCUGACCCCAGUCUUUAUAGCAAUUAUAUGUGUUUUGAUUGGGAUAAUUCUGAAAAGCAACAGGAAAAGCAGCAAGAAAGGGAAGAGUGAGACUAAAAAUAAGUCUGAAUCUCGCCCAUGGGUGGAUGACGACCUCAGAGACAGCACUGACCUUCAUGUAGAGGAAGAAGAUGCUGAUGGCGACUGGCAGGGAUUAGAUGAAAACAUUGCACAUGUCUCCUUCUCUGCUGAGCGUUACUCUGAGGGUGAAAUGAUUAAAAGGUCAAAGGAAUUUUAUGAGCUUCUCAAUAAGAGACGGUCUGUCAGAUUUAUAAGCGAUGAGCCAGUCCCCAGGGAGGUCAUUAAUAAUGUCAUCAAAGCAGCAGGAACUUCUCCAAGUGGAGCACACACUGAGCCUUGGACCUUUGUGGUAGUGCAGGAUCCUGAACUAAAACAUAGGAUUCGGGAGAUCAUCGAAGAGGAGGAGGAAAUAAACUACAAGAAAAGAAUGGGAGACCGAUGGGUUAAUGACCUGAAGAGACUGAGAACAAACUGGAUAAAAGAAUACCUGGAUACAGCUCCCUAUCUGAUCCUCAUUUUUAAGCAGGUGUACGGGAUGCUUCCAAAUGGCCAAAAGAAGACCCAUUACUACAAUGAGAUCAGUGUUUCUAUUGCCUGUGGUAUUCUCCUUGCUGCACUGCAGAACGUGGGUCUGGUCACAGUGACCUCAACACCUCUGAACUGUGGUCCUCGCCUCAGGGUGCUGCUCCAACGCCCAAAAAAUGAGAAGUUACUCUUGCUGCUCCCUGUUGGGUACCCCAGCAAAGAUGCCACUGUGCCUGAUUUGACACGAAAGCCACUGGAUAAUAUUAGGGUGGUUAUGUGA